CACUGUUGGCAUAUCGUUUGGUACUGACUAUUCAACUCACACUCUCUCUAAUGAAGUUUCCCAAUAAGACGUUCUGAUAUUGUUGGAAAAGUGCAGCUAAUACAGGAUUUCAGGACAUCAUGGACAUGACUCCCACCCCCAGCUCUGGUAAUAGUAACCUGAAUGAAGCCAACAAUUGUGGAGUGGACCUCAGCCAAGAUGCCAUCUACCUUCCUGUAAUCUACAGUAUCUUCUUCAUCAUUGGCACUCCCCUCAAUCUGAUGGCGCUAUUCGGGCUCUAUCGUCUGAUCAAGUCUGAAAACGUCUUACCGGUGUACGUGAUCAACCUGCUCCUUUCGGAUCUCCUCCAACUGUUCACUGUACCUCUAUGGAUUGACUACUAUCGCAGGGGUCACAACUGGCGAUUCGGGUCCACUUCCUGCCAGUUAUUGGGGGUCAGUUUCUACGUCAGCAUUUACACCGGCAUUGCCUUCAUGUGCAUCAUCGCUUUGGAGCGCUACUUGGCCAUCACCAAGCCUCUGAGAUUCCAAGCAUUGAGAAAGCUGAAGUUUGCACGAUGGAUAGCCCUUAGCAUAUGGGUCGUGGUAGCCGUGCCUCCAUCCAUCAUCUUGCGUAAAAUGCAACCCAACGACAAUCACACCCUGUGUAUCGAGAGCUACCCUUCCAAGGAGGGGUUCAUCAUCUACCGAUUGAUCACCUUAUCCCUGUCCUUCAUCAUCCCUCUCGCCUUCAUCGUGAUCCUCCACCGGAAGACCCUGAGGUCUUUGUCGGCCAUUGGUACCUUGGGAACGGAAGAGAAGCACCGCAUCAGGGGGCUUCUCAUUCUGCUGAUGGUCAUCUUCAUCCUGGUCCUCGGCCCCUACCACAUCACAGGAUGCGUGAAGUACAUUGGAUUGCUUCUCCACGGUGACGCCUGUGAGUGGGAGAAGGCAGUGUUUGUGCCCUACCAGCUGGGCAGGGGUUUGCUGAGCCUCAACAGUGUGCUGGACCCUAUACUUUAUACGUUCCUGAGGAGUGACUUCAGGGCUGCUGCGGGCCAUUACCUGCCCUGCCUGAGGAGAAUGCAGGAGUCUGUAUGCAGGACUGUGAGUCAUCAGAGGACCACCACUAAGACCCCUAGGAGUCUCUCAGAUCACUCUGAUUCUAUCCAAACCCAAACCAGACCUUUGUAACAUACCUGUACAGGAUGUACAGUACCUAGCUAGAUGCUAUCUGCUUGUAUUAUAAUGUAAUAACCAGGCUUCUAAAAACCAUCACCAGGACCACUAUUAUCCUUGAAGACCCCACAGAGAGACCCUGAUUCAACCUGUGAUGAACAUUAAUACUGAACAUUAUUCAUAAGUGCUCCAGAACAAAGGUUAUACUGUGGGAAAGGAACAUCUCUAAGAUAUACAUAUAUUUCGUAUUAUUAUUAUUAUUUUUUACAAAAACGGUUUGUUUCUUUAAACAGUGCCAGUGGGUUUUGGAAAGUACAUUCUUGAUUGAGACAGACGUGAUUUGCCUCAUAUUGCCACAGCCAGGAAGUUGCCAGAUUUGGGAUUUCAUGUGGCAGGCAGCUGGUCUCGCAGAAGGACUGGUGUCCUCAUAAUGUCCUCACAUUUCCUCUUUCAAGCACCAAACUAUUUCACAAAAAGGAAACACAUCUUGUUCCAAAUCAAUUGGAAGUUGUUUUACAAACUUGUUUAAACAAACUUACGAACUAGACCUGAAACAUAUAAGAUAAACUGCUGAAGGACUGAACAUAGUUGUAAUCCUUGGUUGUCCACAAUAGUGUAUAUAGUGUAUAUUUGACACUGGGGAGAAAAAUAAUGUAGUACUUUGAUGAUUUAGAGUUGCCUCUGGCAACUGAAAGGGAUGGGUCGACGAGACUGUUCUACCUGUGUCACGUUCUGACCUUUAUUUCCUUUGUUUUGUCAUUAUUUAGUAUGGUCAGGGCCUGAGUUGGGGUGGGCAGUCUAUGUUUAUUUUCUAUGAUUUGGGUAUUUCUAUGUUUCGGCCUAGUAUGGUUCUCAAUCAGAGGCAGGUGUCAUUAGUUGUCUCUGAUUGAGAAUCACACUAAGGUAGCCUGGGUUUCACUGUGUGUUUGUGGGUGUUUGUUUCCGUGUCUGUGUUUUUCACCACACGGGACUGUUUUGGGUUUCGUUCGUUCCACAUUUAUUGUUUUUGUAGUCAGUUGUUCAUGUGUACAUUUACGUAUUAAAAGAACCAUGGACACUUACCACGCCGCAUAUUGGUCCUCUGAUCCUUUUCGCCUCCCCUCUUCGGAAGAAGAGGAGGAAAUCCCUUACAACCUGUUUAUAAAUAGCAUCGUACCCAACUGAGGACCACAUGUACACAAGAAUUGGAAGUGGUUUUGUAAUGUGGGGCAAUGUGUAAUAUUGUAUUUCUGUCAGCAUUUCAAUGCUAAAUGUAAAUCAAUCUAUAUCACAAACCUAUGUACCAUUUCAUUUCAAACAUUUAAUUUAAAACAUAACUGUACAUAUCAUGACACAUUUCAGAUUCAGUUGAUUAAAAGAGUUUCAUGUUUGCAUAAAAAUGAUAUAGAUUAUAUCCCAUAUGUUACUAUAGCCCAUAGGGGGGCAAAACUAAUUAAAUCUAUAGUGAGUUCCUAAUGUAUCCAUCUGUGCUACAACACUGAAGGUGCUAAAGAUGAUGCCGUUGACAUAGUAACACGUACCACUUGACAUUAUGUGCAUUGUAUGUCCAAUUUAUCUGCCCACAGAGACUAAUCGCAUAAUUCUAUCUGCCCACAGAGACUAAUCGCAUAAUUCUAUCUGCCCACAGAGACUAAUCGCACAAUUCUAUCUGCCCACAGAGACUAAUCGCAUAAUUCUAUCUGCCCACAGAGACUAAUCGCAUAAUUCUAUCUGCCCACAGAGACUAAUCGCAUAAUUCUAGCUCUAUGGUUGAGGCAGUCAUUCCACACAGCAAUAAAUUGAAGGGAGCGAGACUCCUGUAAAAUUGCUCUUGAUUCAUAGAACUGCCAAAUCAAUAAAAGUGUAUUUUAUCUAAUUACACAUUAUUAAAGCGAAGACAUAUAUAUA